AGAUUCAUGUUUGGUUUGGGAAGAGAUCAUGGAAGUUUUGAAAUUAAUGAUAAGAUAAUCUACUUUCAUUAAAUGAUUUAUUAGAUAAUCGAAAACAGAGGAUUUUGAAUACUAUUCGAAAUUCGGAAGAAUUACGUAAAGGGGCCAUUGAGCAGCUCGAAAGAGCCCGGGCUCGCUUACGUAAAGUGGAAAUGGAAGCAUAUGAGUAUCGAAUGAAUGGAUACUCUGAAAUAGAAUGAGAAAAACAAAAUUUGAUUAAUGCCACUAGUAAUAGUUUGGAACAAUUAGAAAAUUACAAAAAUGAAACCCUUCAGUUUGAACAACAAAGAGCGAUUAAUUAGGUCCGACAACGAGUUUUCCAACAAGCCUUACAAGGAGCUCUAGGAACUCUGAAUAGUUGCUUGAAUAGCGAGUUACAUUUCCGUACGAUCCGUGCUAAUAUUGGCAUUCUCAGGGCCAUGCAAGAAAUAACUGAUUAGCCCUUCUUUUUUUAGUUAUAGUUUAGGCAUUAUUUUUUUCUUUUCCUUCCUAAAAAGAAUAAAGAAACACUAAUGGUAACCCUUCGAGCCGACGAAAUUAGUAAUAUUAAUCGUGAGCGUAUUGAACAAUAUAGUAGAGAAAUAAAGAUUGUGAAUACCGGUACCAUACUUCAAGUAGGCAACGGAAUUGCUCGUGUUCAUGGUCUUGAUGAAGUAAUGGCAGGUGAAUUAGUAGAGUUUCAAGAGGGUACAAUAGGCAUUGCUCUGAAUUUGGAAUCAAAUAAUGUUGGCGUUGUAUUAAUGGGUGAUGGUUUGAUGAUACAAGAGGGAAGUUCCGUAAAAGCAACAGGACGAAUUGCUCAGAUACCUGUGAGUGAGGGUUAUUUGGGUCGUGUUAUAAAUGCUCUGGCUAAACCUAUUGAUGGGAGAGGUGAAAUUUCAGCUUCUGAAUCUCGGUUAAUUGAAUCUCCUGCCCCAUGUAUUAUUUCUAGACGUUAUGUAUAUGAGCCUCUUCAAACGGGGCUUAUUGCCAUUGAUUUGAUGAUCCCUAGGACGCGGUCAACAAGAAUUAAUUAUUAG